UUUUCCCUGAAUAUGAUUAAUCCUGCUUAAUACGUAAGGAAUCCCGCUUGUCUAUAGGGUACAACAAGAAGUAGACAUGAUACUCUUGUUAUAGUCCUCCAAAUUGCAGGUCGCUCUCCUGCAUAAUUUAAUUUGGUCUCCUUGUAAACUCAGAAUGCAUGGCAUGAUAUAUACAUCCUUCACUCGGUCAUCGAAACAUUAACGGGCACAUAUUCUAUCAGACUUCACAAGAUUUAACAUGGCAGGUUUGUUUGACAAUCAGGCAGCUAUAUAUGUGGAUGUAAGGCCAAGAUAUCCAGGCGAAUGGUUCUCAAUGUUGGCUGCUCUCACCCCUGACCACUCUUUAGCUUGGGAUGUUGGCACUGGCAAUGGUCAAGCGGCUGUCGGUGUUGCUGAACACUACAAGCAAGUGAUAGCAACUGACAUAAGUGAAGAGCAAUUAAAGCAUGCCAUACCACAUCCCCAAGUUCAUUACUUGCAUACCCCGUUAAUGAUGUCUGAUGAUGAAUUAGUUCAUUUACUUGGAGGUGAGAAUUCGGUUGAUCUCAUUACUGUGGCUUCAGCUGUGCAUUGGUUUGAUCUAGAAAAGUUCUAUCCAAUCGUCAAGCGCGUUCUUAGAAAGCCAGGAGGCAUAUUUGCUGUUUGGUGCUACUCGAGAAUCAAGUUUAGCCCAGAAAUUGAUGUUCUCUUAGCGGUCCACUUUGAGAGAACCUUUCCUUUUCAAAACCCUAAUUUCAAGCAUGCAUUAGAGUGUUACAAGACGCUUCCAUUUCCUUUUGAAAGUGUAGGUGUUGGGUGUGAGGGUCAGCCGCUGGAACUGGACAUGGAAAAGAAGAUGUCGUUUCAGGGACUCUUGAAGUUUUUCAGGUCAUUGUCAGCAUUCAAUACAGCCAAGGGACAAGGUGUAGAUUUAUUGUCUGACGAGGUUGUUAAGGAACUUGAGAGUGCAUGGGGUGGGCCUGAAGUGGUUAGAACUGUUAUCUAUACGACAUAUAUGCUUGCAGGGAAAGUUAAGCUCUAAUUAAUUAGUGAAGAUGAUGAAUACAGUAAUGUUACUCUCUUUAGAGGUUUGAAGUUCGAGCUUCAUUGUACUUCAAUUCUUGUUUAACAUAAAAUAAUUGAAUAACAAUGUUUGUAUUAAUUAGUACUUCGCAAAUUUCACUGUUUUGGAUUGUUCUUUACUUCAAAA